GCAUUAAUCUAUCGGAGCUAUAUUGAACGCACUACUGCAGAAAUCAAAAUACCAGAGUUCCUUCUUGUAUUUCUAGAAAUAGAGGGAAAAUGUCUGCUGCUAUGUGUGACAUAAGACCGCUAACAGAAGAUGAAGGGCGCUACCAAGAUGUGUUUUACAAUGCAUUUUAUCAGAUCACACAGUCAGAUAAUGUUCUCCUUGAAAAAGUGAAUCAAUAUUUUGACACUAAAGUGAUGAAGAAGCUGACUGAUGCCUUUGGGUGUGACGAAGAGUUCAGUCUUCUAGGUGUAGGAGUCGGUGAAGGCCCUCAUGAGUACCAUUUCCUGAAGCAGCUUCAGACUUGCUUCUCGACCACAUACGCUGUUGCAGUGGAACCUAAUGAAGUCUUGCUACAAACGUUCAAAGAUAAAGUCGCUUCGUUGAAUUCGAACGGAAAUAGUUCUGUCUUCUGUCAUGGGUUCAAUGGCCCCCUUUCUGGGUUUGUUUCUGGGAGUCCAUUGGUUAAGACACGGUACAAUCUCAUCACCUCCAUACAUUCUAUCUACUACACCGGUGACAUUGAGACGACCUUCACCCAACUGGCGACCAUGAUGAAAGAGAGCGGUCUCAUCAUCGUUGUUGCUAAAAAUGAAGACCUUAUGUCGAAAACGCACAGCAAGUUCACGUGGCUGAGGGAAAAAACUCAAUCCAAUCCCGCAGUGUCUUCAAAGAAUCUACAGAAAGUAGCUGAAAGUAAGGGUUAUGACGUCACAGCUGUCGACAUUCCUAUGCAAUGGGACAUCACCGAAGUGUUCGACGACCAGUCUGAUUUCGGGAACAAACUCAUCGAUUUCUUCACACAGGCACUGUAUUUUCGGCAGACAGCGCCCUCUGAGAUGAUGGGUGACUUCUUGACAUUUUGGCGUUCUAUUUCGAAAGAAGAUAAAGAUGGACGUAUCCUGUCACCGUCCCAUAUUGAAUUGCUUCUCAUCUCCAAAUAGUUUACUGGCUGGCUAUCGCAAUCAUUCAGAGCAUGGAUGUACGCAGCGGGGGGUGGUUGGCAGGGGGACAUGCCCCCAUAUAAAAUUUUGAAAAGUUACAUUUUUUACUGAAUUUUGUAAACAAAAUUUACCAAAAUGGUACAGGAAUUCCUCAAUUUACUUUAGAAAUUGCAAAAGCGUCCCAAUGACAAACUUGGUCACUUUGCUCCCUCGUUUUUUUUUUCAUAGCUUAUUCGAAUUUUUUACGCGUCUUGCCCCCCCCCCCCCCCCCGAAAGAAAUCUGUGUACGGCUAUGGUUCAGGGCAAAGUUUGUAUUUCAUUUAGUUUUUAGGUUGUUCUUUCACACGUUAACAAGAACUUUUACCUCUGGUGAUAAAUCGGUAUAGUAGUAUAACGGAGUUGUUUAGAAAUAAUCAUUUAUUACGUAUUGAAUGAGGGAGAUGGAUUGAGUCAUACUGAUUUUCUUGAAAGCCUAUAGGUGGACAUUUUGACAUCAAUAUUACUAAUCAAAAUGUAUUAAUCUAUUCGAAAAUAGAUCAAUAAUCCAAUUCUUUUUCCAAUCUCUUGCCCCCGUCUUUGGAACAAUUCCCCCAACUCUCCGAAAUAUCUCUUCUCUUGACCUUUUAAACCAUUAAGAAACACCUGUAUAAUUUGUUUCAUGAUGUUAAUAGCGCUUUAUAGCCUUUGGAAAAAGAACUAUAUAAAUCGAAUUAUUAUUAUUACUUAUCAACUAAUUUAGUAUUGGUGAUGAAAGCUUAUAAUAAGUGGUGUGUUAUUAUUUUGUUCGUUCUAGAUUUUGUAGUAUUAGCUCUUUUUACAUUUUCAAAACCUAUUUUCAUCUUGCAAAAUGUCAACAUAUUGCACCGAAAGUGUACAUCACGUCACUCAAUUUAACCAUUGUUUUUUAAAUCAGUUCGCCUCAUUCAUUUGCUUAUAAUAUAAAAAUAAAUAAUGAAAAAAUAUAUAUAAGUACAUUAUUACACUGUGAAAACGCUGUUUAAAAAUGUUAAACCCGCCACUCUAACAACUGCUGUUCAAACUUUUUAAACAAGUUGUUUAAAAAGUUUAAACAAUUACAAAAAAAGUUUAAACAACUUGUUGUUAGAGUGACAGGCUUAAACAACGUGCUAUUUUGUUUUUAUUGUGUAUGUACUUUUAAAACAUUUCACGUUCUGCUCCCAUACUCCAUCGUUGCGUCGGUGCCAUGCACCCUUUGUCAGUUGACUAAUAAUAUUUUAUAUACCAAACUUUUUUCUUCCCUAAUUUUGUAUCCUCAUUUUUUCUCACCAUCUGAAUAAGUAAUCAUAAUAGGGUCGACUUUGCCUCCCGUAACAGAGCCCCUGCAUGGUUCUAUAGUUUAUUAUGACAAUAAAAUGAAGGGUAUUCCAAGUCACUUGGCGGCAGACUGGUAUAUAUCUGAAUAUAACCAUGUGAUCAAAAGAAUAUCUACCUCAGUGUAUUAUCUUUACACAUUGUACACAGUGGCCAGUAUAUGUCUCGUUUAACCAUAUUACCGGUGGAUAAAAUAAGCGCCGCUAUCAUGUCUAUAAAGUGUUUAAUAUUACUAUACACGAUCCGCUGUGAUCUGAUUUUUAAAGAAAUAAAAAAAUGGAUUGACAACUGAUUUAAUGCAUUAAAUACAUUGCUGCAACUUAUUUCAAAAUUCAAUAACUUUGUAAUUUAUUAUCAGAAUUUCAUGAAUAUUCGGCAUUUUACUAAGUGAAAUUUACUCUAUUUAUUUAGAUGUAAUUAUCAUCAGCCCAGAGAACCCCCUUCAAACUGCAACUUUAGACCUAAUUCAGGAUACGGGCCAUUCUGUACCCAUACACAGGAAUUGACUGUGCCCUUUGGGUCAUGUUAGUUGUUUUAUAACAUAAUUCAUUUAUGAUUUCGUAUAACUACCUAGUAAUUUCGUAAUAUUCCUAUACUGAUUACUGUACCGCGACUGUAUACUGUAUUUAUCUAUCAUAUUUGAUUAUUAUAUGCAUUUAUCCAUACUUAUUAUAAUAAAUAAUCAGCUUGCUCAUGUUACUUGCUUCUUUUCAUUUUCCCCCAUUUUUUUUUAGUACCAAGAUAAUCAAUAUUUCAUGUUAUAGGCACCGAUAUACUGAUUAUUACUAUCAGUGUACAAAAAUUAUUGAUAAAGAAAUCAAUAACAUACCAAAUUAUUAUUCUGUCAUGGUAAUUACUUUUCUUUGUGGUGAAUAAUCUGUUAAUUGUUAAUAGUAUAUGUAUUGGAACGUAUGUCAUUAAUUGAACUAAUAAACGAACAAAAUGUUAGC